AUGGGUAGGGAGGAAGAAGUAUAUCACCAGUUUGGUUUGAAAUUUGGUUUCCUCGAGAUCAGCGACAAGUGUUGUACUGCCAAUCAGAGCUCGACCGCCACUUUAACAGCCACAGAAGACAGCCGCCUACUUGGAAAUGGAACUGUUUCGCCUCCAUUUAAUUCUACUUGCCAGUGGAACAUCACGGCACCCGGUGGGAAGGUACUCAGCAUUGACGCGAGAAUCUUCUUCUUUAAUAGGGCCUGUGGUGACGAGUACCUAAAGAUACACGACGGGCCAAGCGAGUCAAGUAGUUUAAUAGCAGAAUACUGCAGUCUAAAUGUUUCCUUUAGUAUCAUAAAGUUCUCGUCCAGUGACCGAAGUGUGUGGAUCGAGACGAAAAGGGGACCUCUUUACUCUAACAGCUUCUUUCUUAUCUUUUACAAGGCGAUACCAUUUGAAGAGUGUUCACUCAACACCACAUUGAAUGCUUCCCUGUCGCCUGUGGAACAUAACUUCUCGAGUCCCUACUGGCCCCUUGGUUAUCACUUAAGCACGACAUGUGGAUGGUACAUCACAGCGCCUGAGAACCACAGCGUGGUGCUGCAUCUCAAGUACAAGCUAUCCAUGGACAGCCUAGAGAUUUAUGAUGUGGAGGGCUCUGCGACUAGCCUCGUCGCCCGUUUCACUGCACGUGUGCCAGGACGUUUGUACAGAGCCACUAUAUAUUCCAAGUUCCGCCGUUUAUACAUCUUGUUCAAAAGUAACGUGAAAACAGUUGACACAGAUGAAAGAUUUUAUGCUUCGUACUCUGCCAUUACUCCAAGUAUGUAUGAGGGGCAAAUUCAGAUUUGA